AGUUGGCACUGGCAGUGUCUCCAGGUCCGGCAACCGUCCAUUCGAAACUCGAUCUGUGAGCUCGGCAGCUGGGAUGCUAUUUUCACACCGCAAGCCGGUGGCUUAUUUAUAGAAAAUGGCCGAUCUCCUAAAACAAAUUUGGAACUGGCUGUCGGCGGGAUGGAGCAAUAUGGCCGACUUGGCUGAUAGAAUAGACGAUCUGAUCUGUAGCUUCGAGGGAGGCAGCGAAACGACAAUGGACACAGUGGCGAUGUUGAUUUUCGGAUGGAUGAUAUUCGGACUGUUCGUGCUCGCCGUCGGCAGGUACAUAUAUUCGAGGUUCAUCAGUAUUUCCGACGGCAAGGACAAGCCGGUGGUCCCCGACGCGUCCGCCAAGCCGACGUCCGCCGCUGCCCCGGCCGCGGCCGUGAGCGAAGUCGCGACAGCCGUCGCGGCGCCUGUCUCGACCGCCGGCGCCACCGUCCCGCCGACGCCCCCGAUACGACGCCGCAUAAACGCUAAAAGGACGACCGCCCCUUCGCCGUCGCGUUCCUCCGUGGUGCCUCCGCCCCUGGCCACGGGACCCGACAACGAGUGCGUGCACUGGGUCAACGAGGUGUUCUACUGGCUCUACUCCGACCUGGUCGUCGUCAACGAGAUCCUCAACGUGUGGCUCCAGACGCUGAAUGAGUUCACGCAGAAAUCUGUCACCGAGCACGGGAUCGGCGUGGAGUUCGUGCGCGUGCUGCCGGAGACGCACGCGCCCUCGCUCACGAACGUCUUCUGCGAGUGCGACUCCAAGGACGACGUGACCAUUACUUGUGACUGCGAGGCCACCCCGGCCCUGCAGUUGAAAGCAUUCCGCCAGAAGGGCGACAAGGUGGAGGUGAGCCACUACCGGGUGAACGUGAACCGCCUCAGAGCCCGCCUCAACGUCGUGUGCAUCACCGAGAAGAUGAUCGCCGACGUCAAGUGCGACGGCUGGCCAGACAUAAAAGUAGCCUUGGCUCCAGUCGGCAGCAUCAAGAGCAAUCUCGACGAGCAGCAACUCCAGGACGUGCUGUCGGAGAUAGUGGUCCUGGCGCUGCGCAACAGCACGGCCCACGUCAACCUCGCGCAGUACCCGACGUGCCCCAGGUUCAUCCGUCAGACGGUCAGCUCCGGAUUCAGCCUGCCGCUGCACUACGAUAGCAUGAUGAGCAACCAGUAUUCGUCCAUUCCAUCAAAGACUGCAGUAGAGAAAAGACUUCUGGUGAAGGUUGUCAAAGCCUUUGGUUUGGGAGGCGCCAAAGGUUGUGGGGAACCAUACUGCGUGGUUGAGAUGGAUGAGCCACCUCAGAAAAAUCAAACUUCCAUAAAAAAAGACACCAACAGUCCAGUGUGGGAUGAACAUUUUCUUUUCGACGUGAGCCCCGGCACGGCGGAGCUGCUGUUCGAGGUGUACGACCGCGGGGGGCCCAACAAGGAGAGGAGGUUCCUGGGGCUGGGCAUCGUGGGCGUGGAGGAGCUGCUGAUCAACCCCAGCCAGCGGCAGACCAUCUCCCUGCAGGCGCGCCCCUUCGAGAAGGACCAAGUGUCGGGCAUGCUCACCGUCGAGUUCCUUUUUAUUGAAGGUGCUGAUAUCCCUCAACUUGGGGAUAAGCCUUAUAAGCUGAAGGAGACGCUGCGGACGUUGUCUCCUUCGGGAGGCGUCGUCACGACCACCAAAACUGUGUUUGAGAAGCCAGAGGUGCUAACGAACGGAGACGUGGUUACAGACUCGGCACUGAAGGAGCUGGAGAUGCGUAACCGACCGGGUCAGACUCAGACGAGCAAGAGCACGCUCAUCAUCCACAGCGUGCAGCGGCAAACACAGCCUAGACAGCUGGUCAAGGUGGAACAGACAGACACAGGAGAGUGGCAUGAGGUUCCUGAACACGUAGAUAAAGAAGUGCAAGGCACGAAGGAUAUGUCUGGACAGCAGCUGGGUCAAGACGGAACAGACUCAUCGCCAGCUUCAGGGACUUUGGAUGAAAGAAGUAGAAGCAGGAGGAAAAAACGGGACAUAUUUGGAACGAUUAAGAAGCGCCUGGGCCGCUCCAAAAAUCGGUCCAAGUCCAUGGAUCCUGGGGUGCGUGACGAGUCACUGAACCGUGACGCAUCCAUAAACAGGUCCAUAUCUGCCGACCGGGCCCGAGAUCCUUCCGCACACUCAGCAGGCUACCUGUCAGUUCCUGGACUGCGGGGUAUUGACGCCAACUCGCGAGGGUCCAGUCUGAGCGAAGCGUCGGGCGUCAGUGGCGCGUCGACCCGCACCUACGUUAACGAAGCGUCCACUUUGGUUCUGGAGACAGUCGAAAAUGGUGUCAAGAAGCAUUAUCUUGUUCCAUUAUCAAUGGCUCAGAAAAGUAAAUGGAAGAAAAAAGGCACGAAGCUGCACAUCUUCAAUGAUCAUACAUUCAUAGCCAAACACUUAUCAGGGGGCACGGAGUGCCAGGUGUGUCUGAAGCCGCUGGCGAGGCGGCUCGGCAAGCAGGGCUACGAGUGCCGCGACUGCCAGCUCAAGUGCCACAAGCACUGCCACAUCAAGGUGGACGCCACCUGCCCCAGCUCCACCAUACAGAGCAUAGAACUCGAUUACAUUACGAGCCCGCUGAUGGACAGAAGAUUGUUCCUACUGAGAAACAGCUAGAUGCGGCGGAGAGAUGGAGUCUGUCUGCCGGCAGGGAAACACACCAAUCACUUCCAGCUACGUCGCCCCUGAAGCCUGCCCCCCCUCCCCCACCGGCCAGCCUCCUAGGCGGCGCGUCACGGACUCGGGAGAUAGUGCGUGCCACUGCAAGAGUGACAAACUGCACUGCGUCUCUUGCCUUUUUGUAACAAACACACUUUUUUUAAUCAUCUGCUGGGUAUGUCUUUCAGUUUCAUAUUUUAUUUUUGAUUGGCACUGGUCGAAAUUGCACCAAAAGUUUUAUCUAAUUUUUUUUUACAUUUUAUAAUAAUUUUUAAUAGUUUAAAAUAUUUUAUUUAUAUGCAAUUUUCUGAUUUUUUAUGGUUUUCACAUUCAUUACUUGUCUGGCAUCAUAUUUUAUGAAAACUUUGCAUAAUGUGCACACCUGUAUCUUCUAGUUAAAAAAAAAUAAUUUUGCAGUAAUGCAAGUUGCAUCUAGGAUAAUUCUGCAGUGUUGGUGGAAAUAAGGAGCCUUAACAGUUUUGCAUUUCAUGUUAUCUUGCUCAUAUUGUAGUAUGUACGUAAUUAAAAAAAAAAUUACCAGAGCAAAUAUUUGCUGUUCUUAGGAACCUUGCAGUAAGAGAAACUGCUAAGACUUGCAUAUAUGUAGCAUGUUUAGCUUUACGUGGCUUGGAUCACAGAUAGUACACAUUUUUCAUUACAGUGUGUACAUUGCAAGCAUAAAUAGUAAUUUUGCUGGUGCUUGGACUUAUUGAAAGUGAAGAUGUAUCCAAAUUUUAGUAUUUUUUGUAAAUGUCACUUUUCUCUGGUUACUAAAACAUUACUUCUUUUGAAGUUUAUACAUUAAUUUAUAAAUAAACUUGAUUUAAAAACUUAGCCCCAUAGUAGUUUUUAAAUUUUAUUUUGGUAUUUCUUUUAGCAUUUGAUAUGAUCUCUAUGUGGUUGCUAAUUUUUACAUUCACAAAAAAAUGGGGCUCCAAUUUUUUACUCAAUGUGGUUGUAAAUUUGCUGUUGAAUGUGUAAUAGUUUAAGCUUCGGCAGCACAUAAAAGUUGCAUUGUGGAUAUGAGUGACACUAUCAUAUCCACAAACUGGCAGUCAAAUUCUUGUUUGGUCAUGCAAUCAGAUUGAAAAUCGAUGCAGUGGUAUGUUAUGAAUUUUUAAAACUUCUCAAUCUGCAGUCUGUUUAUAUCUAAAAAAAAUUAUUGUGUGCUAAUGUCAGAUGUGCCUUGCUGCCAUGUUAAGAGAGAGUUGAAUCUACAGUAAGUCUGACACUGCAAUGACUUGCUAAGCAGACGAUGACUAAAAUUUUGCAAUUUGAUUAUAUUGUAAUAUUUUAUCAUAAAUAUUUUCUUUCUAUUGUUUUGUACUGUAUAACAAGUUAGUGCAGUAGAGUUCAUUUAUAACAACUUAACUUUUUCCUUAAACUUUCUAUUUUCAUAAUUUCAUCCACAGUUUCCCAUUAAACAUUUUCCAACUGGCACUUGUAACACAUUUACCAUUAAAAAAGAUACCAUUACAAGGCAAGUAAUUACUAGAGACCGGAAAAAUUUGCGGAUUCAAUGACCUCCACGAUAGACUCUACUACACUCUACACACUCGGGCAAAUGCCACAUGUUCAUUGGCUGCUGACUUGUGAGUCGUCUCGACCGAGUGUCUGUGAUUCGACACUUCUUUGAGCAAGGGUCUCUAAUUGGCCCUCAUUAAUCCAGAUUAACAGUGAACCAGUGGUAGAAGCAGCGCUAAGGUAUAAUUAUUUGAAUUGUAGCUUAUCACAAAAUGAAUCCGCGAAUUUUGCGGGUCUCUAGUAAUUACUAAUUAUUAAGAGUUGAGACAUUAUUAUAAUCUUGAUAACCAAUACUUGUUACUGUUUAACUAAGUACCUGCUAUAUUUUUGAUAUUUAAUUCUUUCAAUAAUAUUGACAUUUUUCUAUAGUCAUUACAACUUGAAUUUACUUUUUGAAUGCUGCAAAAAUAUUUAAAUAAAAUACCUAAUCAUGAUGCAGAAUUGUAUACAGUAAAAUAUAAUGUAUUUUACAUUGAAAGUAACACUGCUGAAGGAAACAUGUUAAUGGUAGUGUAAUUUCGAUUGAGAAACACAAGAAUGCAAUGUCUAUUUGAUCAAGUUUGUUUUGUGGACGAGUCCAACUAACAACCGUUCAAACUCGACAGUAGCUGGUGGGAAUCUGAGGAUGUCCUCGACAACUGGCGUACGUAGGCAAGAAAAUGCAUGUGGAUUUCUUCCAGUGUAACCUAAGUAUCGGAGGUUUAGAUCUGUUGGUUCGAUGUAGCAUCGACUUGAUAUUGAAGCAUCAAAGUACCUAUUGGAUGUCCCACCUCUACUGAUCGUGCAAUGUGCCAUGCGGACUGCACAGCAGAUUACUGACAAGAAUAGGCAGGGCCGUCGAGAAAAAUUAAGGGUCCGGGGGCAAAUAAUUUUGUCAGGCCACCACCCCAUUACUAAUGUACAAAUUUUCAAACUCCAAGUUAAAAAAAAUAUCUUAAUACUAAAUGUUGACAAUGGUAAAGGUGAUCUGCAUGUAUCAAAAAAAAAUUUUAGAGUUCCAAUAAAUUUUAUUAGCGAUUUUAUUGUAACUGUUAAGAUUAUAUGGUGAAUUGCAAUAAAAUCGAAAUAACACUGAAAUGCAAGUUAAUACACCAUGUAGCACUGAAAUACAAUUUGUAUUAGGGAAUUAAGUAGCAUUUAACCAAAACUUAAAACAAAUCAUAAAAAAAUUAUCUUUUAAUGUUUGUAAUUCAAGGAAUGCCAUUAUUUCCAGAAAAAAAUACGUUACCAAAGUUAAUGGAUCUUGAGGAAAAUUAAUUAAAUUUUUUUAUUUUUAGUUUGCAUCUCUUACUGAAUCAAUUUUAAACCAUAAAUUCUCGCUAAUAUAUUUUAUUAUUCUGAAUAUCUGUUUUAGACCAAUUAAUUACAAAUUAUUUUAUCAUAAAAAUGCAGCAUAUAAAUUUUACCACUACCUAUCUUGGUGGAGUAGUAUAGUCAAAUCUCGAUUAUGUGGCCCUCGUUGGGAUCCCCGGAUAAUCGAGUAGACAUUUGAUUUAAUGUAUCACAUAAAAAUGACAAUUAUAUUCUAAAGACAAUUACCACAUGAUGAUGUACCUGACAGUACUUCAUUCAAUCGCCAGACAUGUUUGUAACAGAAGAAAGUAGAUGAAUUUUUUGUUACAAAAUUAUGUGAAAAGUUAUUUUAUAAUUUUUUUUUACGUAAUUUUGUUUCAAAUUUUUUUAUCGUAAUAAACAGUAAGUCUGCUGAUUUAAAAAUUUUCUCUUGCUAAUCACCUAUAUUGGAUUGUCCGGAUUGCCUUUGAUCCCAGUCAGUCCAGACGAACGAUGUUUGGUUUAACUGUAUUAAAAAACAGCUUUCAUAAAAAAUAAAAACAAUUAUACCGAAAUCUCUUGUUUUUAAAAACAAAAUUGGACAAAAUUUAAAACCAUAAACUCUUGUAUCUACGUAUCAGCUAUCAGGGUAAACACAUCCUUUAUUAAAAUAUUUCAUUACAUAAUAAUCGGGACAAACUAUCCCCCCCCCCCCCCCAAAUGCUCUGACCCUGGAAAUUUUUGCCCCCUGCCCCUCCCCUCGAUGGCCUUGUGGAUAGGUACCUAACUAGGAAUCCCAGGCAAAACCAUAGUGAUCUCACUAGUGUCACAUUAAUUCCUCUAUUGUUUGCUUCAGAGACAAGUGUCUGGUGUCAAAGAGCACCUAGCUGGUACUUAACUUUUUUUUUAUAACUAUAUAUAGUGUUAAAUUUGUUUCAGAUAAAUUUAACUUGAUAUGUUUAUGACAGGCAGACAGAGCUUGGAAGUGAGGAAGACUGUUCUGUUUGCAUGUUUGCAACAAUGCAACUUGUUUUAAUGCAUGUGCAUUGUAUGAGCUGAAGUAUAAUCAAAACUUGUAGAAAAAAGUCAAUUCACAUGGAUAGUUGUGAAAUAACUGAAGUAAGUCUUUAUGUGGUUCUUUAAACUUGGCAGAUUUGAUUAAUUUUUUGAUAACAUAUUCAUGCAUUUUCUGAUGUGAGGUGGUGUAUUUGGUAACAUUUUUAUGGGGUUGGAGGAAUUGAGGAAAAAAAGACCACAGGCAUUUUGUGCUUGCAAUAUGAUUGUAUACAACAGUACAUAUGUAUAAUGAAACUUGUCAGAUAUUUGCAAGUAAUAAUUUUAAGAAUUUGACAGCACAUAUUUGACAAACAAUAAUUCACAGUAAACAGUUGUCGGAACAAGAAAGUUUAUAUUUUAUUUGGUGGAUGGUUCGAGCAUGGCAUACUUUUAAUUUUUGUCUCGUUGGUUGCUAACAUACAUGCAGAACUACCACCGAGACUUAUGUUCUAGAUAGUUGCCCAUUAUUUGCUCCUGAAGUCUUUGAUGUACUGAAAGCUUUUAAUUACCAGUGUAUGUUUAUAUCAAGAUUCAUAUUCAAAGUGCAUAUUAAAAUUGCUAUGCGAUAUUAAAUAAAUAGCGAAAACACCAGAAACAGAUAUUUGUCUUGUUUUUUUUUUGGUUUAUUUAUAUUUAAUUUACUUUGUGGAAGAAUAAAUAGCGAGAAAUGUGUUCUGUCUGUAGUGAUAAUUUUGUAUAAUUAAAUUUCUAGAGUCACAAUUUUCAUAGGAAAAGUUUCCAUUUCGGACAGCCAGGUGAAUUUGGCCCCAUCACUUAUGUACGUACGUGCUCGUACCCAAUCCUAGCUAGGCGAGUCAAUUACCGAAUGGACCUUUAAUCCUUCACAUGCUUUGAACAACACUGAGUCAGCAGUAAACAGAUGGCAGCGUGGUCAAAUCACACACAGCCAGAUACGUGGAAUGAUACUCUUCGUACUGUCGCAGUAGACAUUAAACAAACUACUGAUAGUGGCUUCUGUGUAAACAUACAUUGAGUGUGAUGUCUGGAAUAGUUUCAAAAGAAUGUGCUAAUUAUUUGAGUCUGUUGAAAUAAGGUACUAGUUACACACACAAGUAAAAUGAACUCAAAUAUAUUGCACAUGUAUACCGAGAUCUUUUUUUAUAUUAUUACGGUAUAUAUUCACUAUUUGCAUACUUUUUAUUGUUUUUAUGUUGAUAACAUCAUAGAUUAAAAUCUGACAAAUGCUGCAAUUUAUUUAGUAUGCUAUUAAUAAAUGUCAAGUAAACAGAUUCUUGAUUUUACAAUUUUAUAAAAAGUAAUAAAUGAAUUACUAAUGUUUAAUCUUAAUGUACCUUUUAACUAGUUAAUCCUUCAAGAGCAACUAUAAAUUAAACAUUACUAUUUGAGUUUAUGAUCAUAGGUACUAAUACUAAACUACUUUCAAGCUCUGUACCUAACUUAAAUGAAAUAUAUUUAAUGAGGGACCAUGGGGGUUAGUAAUAGUAAAGCUGAUUACUGAAACACUACCAUGGAAUAAGUAAAGCAAUCAAGUGUAUUUAGUGUUUGUACCUUAUGUUAAUUGAUUGUACAUAAUCUGAAUAGUUUUUUUACAUCAUUUUUGGGUGAAUGACUGUGUGUGUUUGAGGGGGGGGGGGGGGAUAUAAUACAGUUAUGAUAUUUCUAUAGCCUUAGCUUCCAGGUUUACUUCAUAAAGAGAGCGAAUCUCAGAAACUUCUGUAUUCAAAUAAGAUAUUUUUAUGCUGAUGUUAACAUGCUACGAAUUUACAUUCAACCAUCAUGUUGUGAGAGGAAUGAAAUUACUAGAUGUUUUAGGAUUUUGCACAAAGAUUGGUUACAAUCAAAAUGUUUACUGUUAAGAAAUAUUUGCGGUUAAAGUGAAUUUGUUAAUAUUCAUACAAUUAUUUAUCCGAGAAUAAAAGGUGGUUAUAUUACAAUGUGUUAGAUAUAUUUUUAUCUGUGCAGUAUACAUAGUUGUAGAUAUUGUUGUAGCUUGACUGUCUCAUGACGCCAUGCAGUAAUUUUUUAACUUGAUUUUUUUAAAUGUACAUAUUGUAUUCCUGUAUUUUUGUUAAUACGAAUGCUUUAGUUUUAAGCCAAAAAUUAAAUUACAGAGUUUAAAUUGAAUUAUGAUUUUAUAUGCAAGUGUUAGUUUGAGGUAAUUUUAAAAUGAAUUUAUUUUUGUAUUUUUAUUUUACCAUCUUUUAAUGGAAUACCACUUAAAAAAAUUUGAUUUGUGCUAUGUGAAAUGUACAGUUUGCUGAAUAAAAAUGUAUGCACAAUUUUUAAAAUUAAUCUGCUAGUUACAAGCUUUUAAUUUACGGUGUUUAGUGGGAAAUCUACUGCUUUAAACUGCAUAAAGAAGGCAACGAGUCAUUGUCUAUCCGUGCCUCAAGUCUACCUGCUAUUUCUUGUUAAUGUGAAAGAUAAUAUUCCUUAAAUGUAAAUUUUUUUUUUUCAAACUUGUAUGUACUUACAGAUUUUGUCAAUAAAAGCUUCUAUUUUUUUUUUGUAA